GACAAGGGCUCGAUGGCCCCGUGAAUCCGCGUAUUUUGUUCUGUUUUGUGUGUUGGAGUUUACAGUGAGAGAGAAAGAGUGUUGUUUGGUAGCUGAGAAAAUUUUCCUGUUCGCGCGAAAGGGAUUUGUUUAUUCUUCAUAGUCAGUAAAACUCACCUGCAACAUUCGCUUUACUCAUAUGCCUACAAAACUUUCCACCACAUAAACCAUCAGCAGCCAACAGCAGCUAUGAAUUCCACUAAGCAUGAAUAUGGGCAUUGGGCAGUUAGAAAACUGGUGUUCUGCAUGUGCUUUCUUACUUCUUUUGUCCAAAAUUGAACAAUUUUAACAUGUCUUUAUCGCCUUCACGGUCACCGGCUUCGGCUACCUCUGCUUUUCCGUCACCUGCAACUGUAAGUCCUCCUGAUUCUACGCCGUUUAUUACGCCGCUAUCAGCUCCUGUAGCUCCAUUAUUUUCCCCCCAGCGGGCCCUACCAGUCCCUCCGCCUCAGGUUUCCUCUCCACCGCCCACUGCCACGUCAGCCCCGCCUGUGUCAUCCUCUCUAUCUCCACCUCUUCCAGUUCUCCCAGAGGCAGCUCCUCCGCCUCAGGUUUCCUCUCCACCGCCCACUGCCACGUCAGCUCCACCUGUGUCACCCUCUCUAUCUCCACCUCUUCCAGUUCUCCCAGAGGCAGCUCCUCCGCCUCUACACAAUGCAAUACCACCUGCUACUCACGUGAUCAUUUCUCCAUCACCUAUACUCAAGUCUCCACCACCACCAACGACAACAACAAAGCCUCCAACUCCGCCGCAACUUCCGAUUACUCCAUUAAUCCCAUCAACGUCUCCUCCACAACUUCCAGUAACUCCAUCAACCCCUUCUGCUUUUCCUCCACAAUCUCCUGUGCUUCCUGCAAUUUCACUAACACCACCAAGUGUUUCUCCUCUACCUUUAGAAACUUCUCCACCUCCUCAGGCAAGUAUUUUGUUGCCGCCGCCGCCACCUCCUUGGCCUACUGACUCGCCACCAUCACCUGCUUUAGUCUCACCAUCACCUUUACCUUCUUCUUAUACCCCUAUUCCCAAAACUCCAUUCUUUGGUGCAUCUGCAACACCGUCGUUGCCUUUAGCAACUCAAAGUUCAACCAACACACAACAGCUUCGUGUGCCAAUAGGGCUUUUACUUGCAUGUCUAGUUGGUGGAGUCAUUUUACUGCUUGUGCUUGGCGUUUUUUGUUUCCGCUGUAAAGAUAAGAGGAAAAAGCGAAGGCUUGCGCAAGAUUAUUCUGAACCGCCGAGCUGGGCACCAAAAAAAGGUGUUUUUCUAUCCAAGCCUUCGCAGGAAAAUGUUUGCCCACCAGGAGCCCAUGUCAUUACGGCGCUACCAGAGCACUUGGCCUCACUGCCUUUGGUUGGAAGUUAUGGUUCCAGUUGCUCGGGAUCUGUGAAUCUGAAGACAUCUCAAGCUGCUGGUGCUGCCCCAAGUUUCACAAGAGGCAGUUUCACAUAUGAUGAGUUGGUGGUGGCUACUAAUGGCUUCUCUGAGGCCAACCUUCUUGGAGAAGGCGGUUUUGGAUACGUGCACAGAGGUAUUCUUCGUAGUGGGAAAGAAGUUGCAGUUAAGCAGCUAAAGAGUGGAAGCCAUCAGGGGGAGCAAGAAUUUCAAGCUGAGGUUGAGACGAUUAGCAGAAUCCAUCACAAACAUCUUGUUUCAUUAGUUGGAUACUGCAUUACCGGAGUUGAGAGAUUGCUUGUUUACGAGUUUGUCCCCAACAACACAUUGGAAUUUCACUUACAUGGAAAAGGACGGCCGAUUAUGGAUUGGGAAACAAGACUCAGAAUUGCCAUAGGGUCUGCAAAAGGAUUGGCGUAUCUUCAUGAGGACUGUAAUCCUACAAUCAUUCAUCGUGAUAUCAAGGCAUCAAAUAUUCUUCUUGAUUCUAGAUUCGAAGCAAAGGUUUCUGACUUUGGACUUGCCAAAAUGUUAUCUGAUAACAAUACUCAUGUUUCCACCCGAGUGAUAGGAACUUUUGGAUACUUAGCUCCAGAGUAUGCAUCAAGCGGUAAACUAACAGACAAAUCAGAUGUAUAUUCCUAUGGGAUCGUGCUUCUAGAGCUCAUAACUGGACGCCCGCCUAUCACUGCAAUAAAUUCUUAUUUAAACGAAAGCUUGGUUGAUUGGGCUAGGCCUCUGCUAAAGAAAGCUCUGGAGGAUGGCAAUUUUGAUGCUCUUGUUGAUCCAAAAUUGGAUAUGAACUACAAAUACAAUGAGAUGGAAGAUAUGGUUGCAUGUGCUGCAGCUUGUGUGCGUCAUUCAGCAUGGCUUCGACCAAGAAUGAGCCAGGUGAUUCGCGCUUUGGAAGGAGAUGUUUCUUUCACAAAGAUUGUCGAAGACAGUGCAAUUUACAGUAGCUCAGGAAGUUCAAAGUAUGAAUCCCACCAAUAUAAUGAGGAAAUGAAGAAAUUCAAUAUGAGUUUGUGGAAGGAAUGUGGCAUUAGUGGAUACAGUGAAAGCACUGGUGAAUAUGGUCUAAACCCAUCUGGCUCCAGUGGCUAUUCAAGCAGACAAACUGAGAUAUAGAGUAGCAAAGAUAGAGAUCCCAUGUAUCAAAACUUUUGAUCACUAAUUAAUAUGCAUUAUUGUUUUCCAGU